CGAAUGAAAUGAGUUUCUCAAAACUAAUUAUCUGAGAAAACAAUAAUGUUUUUUGUUUUUCUGACUAAAUUAUUGGUUGUAUACACAUGCUGAAUCCUGUACAUACUUGAAGUUGUCCGAAUCCAACUCAAGCAGUCGGCUGCAAGGAGUAUAACUUAUAAAAAUGGCUACUUCUGAAGAAAUGAGGCCAAAAAAGGGUAUUUUAAAACGUUCUUCCAGUUUAGAUCAACGAACCGAGUGUUCUCAUUCUCAGUCCCAUAAAGAAAUGUCCUGGGAUGAAAUGAAUAUAUUAGCAACUCAUCAUCCGCCAGACAAGGAUUAUGGUCAUAUGAAAAUAGAUGAACCACCCACGCCUUACAGCAAGAAUAGUGAUGUUGAGGACGAUGAUGUGAUUGAAGGCGAAGGUGAAGUCGAAAGAAGGGGGAGUGUUGGUAAAUCCUGUAGUCUUGACCCCUCGUCAUUAACAGCCAGACUAUCAGAUCAUACGGACACUACAGUUCUAUGUCAUCCUCGAUUAGCUGAUGAUGAAGAAGAUGAUGAUGAUGAUGAGGAUGAAGAAGAGACUGAAGAAGAUCAGGAAGAGCGACAUAAAUUUGAGCUAAAAAGAAAACUUCAUUAUAAUGAAUUCCAAGCUGUGCAACUUGCCAAGAAAUUAAUGGCCGAGGAAGAUGAUGAAGAUGAGGAAGACGACAGCAAUGUAAACAUGGAGGAACAAUCAAAAAAUACUCCAGCCGAAUCUCAGAACAAAGAGAAAUAAUGCAAGCAACUGAUGAAAUUUAAAAAAAAAAAAACGCUUUUAAAAAUUUAGUAGAAAAAAAUUCCUCUUAGUGCUAACUAAAAUGUGAAAUAAUUGUUGGAAAGAUAAACGAAAUUCAUUUAAAGUUGUUGCCUAUGAAUGUUGGAAAAUAAAGGCCUAUAUGCGAGAAAGGACAUCGAUUGAAUGCCAAGUGUAGGCCUGUACCCUGUUGUUAAUAGGCCUAUAAACCCAAAUACCCCGGUACCUACUUGUACUUGUAAUGGCCCCUGCUUCAAAAACCAUUUUAUACGUGAAAUUUUCUUGUUUGGGUAAAUGAUCAUGUACGACUUGCAAUACAUCUAUACUACAGCAUUAGACUGUUGAAAAAUAUGGUUUAUUAAAAACAAUAUUUCAUGAGUUUGUGUUGUGGUGAUUUGCGUUAUCAGCACUAAUCCAAAACGUUAGAUGUUACUCUUUGAUAUGCUGACGACUUGACAUCUGACCAGUCAAAAUCUUGGCGCAAAGGUUGAUAACUAGUUAACUUCUUUCUUCAGUGGAUGGCAAAAUUCAACAUUUUCAUUUAUCUACACUGCUAACAAGCAACUGCAAACCAUUAAACAGGAACUUUACAGAGGAUGUGUCUCAACAGCAUAUGUGUACAUGUAGUAUCGAAAACACUGCAACGAUAGAUAAAAUGGUAUUUCGUUUCGAGUUACAUAUAUAUUUGAAAGUCAUAUAUAGGUAAACCUAGUCCAACAUGGUGUAGAGUAUAAAUCUUUAAGGUUUAGAUACCGUAAUUGUCAUUUUUGAUAGUUUAUUGGAUAGUUUUUGAUUGACAGUGAAUUUUAUUGUUGUUCAAUGAUGGACACUUAAAUAAGCUCUGGCAUGCAUGUUGAAUUAUCGACUGGCACCUUUCAUUUUGUGAGUAUUUGGUCACUGUGGGAAUUUGCAUGAAAGUCAACCUGCUUAAGGCCAGAGAGGUUACCUUUAGGCCCCAUGGACUAGGCCUAUAUGAUCAGCAGUUACAUUGUAUUAUAGCACAUGUAAAAACUUUUGUUAGGAAAAGUUCCCACAUGAACAAUUGAUAUAAGAUGUAAACAAUUGUAUUUCUUUAAAGAUAUUUAGUAGUUGGACAUACAAUGUACGUGUAGCAAUUUAGCAAUAAAUUACAUCUUGAUCCCAGAGAUAAGUUUACCCUUCAUUUAUCUCUUGUAAAAUCACCGGCCAUUUUGAACUUGGCAGCAUUUUAUUUUUAAAAAAUCCUGCCAAUCAGUAGCCACUGGGGGCGGAGCUAAGAAACUGAUUUCACACUUAUUGAUGACCGGUGAGUUUUACCAUAAAUAAACGAAUGGUAGAGUUAUCUCUGGGAUCGAGAUUGCAGUAAAUUAUAAAACAUUCUUUAUGAAAGAACAUGACCAAUUCAGUUGGGCCAUGGUUUGAAUAUUAUUCUCUCAAUGUUUUUACUUGCUUGAAAAUGAUAAGAGAAUAUUCUUUAGUAAUUGUCCAUACUAAUAAGUAUUACAUGUACAUGUGGUGCUGGGACGAUAUAUCAUUAAAUUGAUGUAUAGGUAUUGACCUUCUCACGAUUCGCUUCAGUAAGUAACCUGUCACUCUUAAUUAUCAAUAGGUACACAAACACUCUUAAAUUGUUUUGGUCCUUAUUUUGAUCCAUAUCAAUAUCGUAAUAUAAAACAGUUUUAUUUCUUCGACAUCGGCAGGACUAAAAAUAUAAAUUAUUCAUUUAUCCUGUUGUUUUCUUGGUAAAUAUUAACAUAGUUAUGAAUUGUGAUACGAAUCGUAUCAUAGCACCCAAAUAGUGAUCCAAAUCGUAUCAUGACUGCAUUGGCAACACCCAGCACCAAUAUUACAUGUAUUUUAUAGUUUAUUGAGAACAGUUGGUAUCUAGAUUCCAUGGCUAAUGAAUUGAUACAUGUGAUGUCUGUAACCAUUUGUUACAUGUUGACAGUCAGCCAGUUACCAUUGAUUCCAUGCUGGCAUACAGUCAGUCUGUUACCAUUGGUUACAUGCUGGCAUAGAUAAAUUUAUUGUUAUGCUAGGCUUAAAAAAGCUCUUCUUAAACAUACAUUAUGCAAGAGCUAAAUCUGCUUAUUGUAGGUCUUUCUUUAGGCCUGAAAUGUUAUAUAAACUAUUAAUUAGACAUCGGAUACUCGAGAUUUUAACUACCGGUAGAUUAAAAUGGUUUGCUAUUUAAAAAUUUAAUUUAAAAAUGGGAAUGCGAGGCUAAGUCCUGAUUAUACCAGUGCCCUGGUUACCACUGUGCACACAUCUUGUCAAAACUACAAACAAUGAUAACUUGGCUGAGAAUGAUGUAAUUUGAAUGAAAUUCUCAAUAUUUUCUUUUUUUAUCAUCUAUUUUUGAAUUAUUAUAGCAAUUAUGGCCAAAUCUUUAUUAAACUCUUAACUAAUGUAUCUUUAAUUUGUGGAAAUCAAAAAUUACUUUCCUUAUAAUAUACAUGUACGCUCUUCGAACUUGGACAAGGAGUGUUAUAUGUAUCAUAAAGGACAGUUACAAAUCUACAUGUACAUCAUGAUAAGAAUAGCGAAUCCUUUCGAUCAUAAGAUAGAGGUACUUAAAAUACAAGAUUUAGAGUCCAUACAUACACUGUAACCCAGAUAUCAUUUCAUCUUGUGUAUUUAGCACUAAUUUCUUUCACAUUCAUUCAAUAUCAAAUCUUUGUUUAAAAAAUUUGUAAAAAUCGUUUAAAAUCACCAAAAUAUCAUCUAAUUUGUAUUUGUGUCCAGUUUAAAGCUGACCAUUCAAUUUUGAUAAUGAGUGUCCCAUUUACAAGAGUUUAAUUUCUCGAUCACUGUUAAAAAAUAAACAACUCAAUUAUUUAUUGAUGUAUAAUCAUUAUAAUGAUUAAUUUUUGAGGCCAGGGAAUUAAAUACUUGUAAAUUGGACACUCAUUAUGAAAAUUAAUCAGUCAGCUUUAAAUUGGAUACAUGUACAAAUUAGAUGAUUUGGGGGGAUUUUAAACAAUUUAUACCAAUUUUUAAACAACGAUUUAAUAUUAAAUGAAUGUAAAAAAAAUUAGUGCUAAAUGCACAAGAUUAAUGAUACCCAGGUUACAGUGAUAUAGCCAAGACUUUAUUCUAUGCAUGAGUGGCAACUUUUGACUGUUUGUUAAUGAUAUAAAAUAAAAUAUGAAAAUUAUAGGGAGCAAUGUUCAGCUAUAAGGUGCUUGAAAAAAGUCUCUCAAGGAUCAAGAUUCAGGCGCUCGAUGAAGUUCAAGCUCUAUUGAUCAAGAACCUUAAAAAACUGAAUUGUCCGAUCCCUUAGAGAUGCGUUAUGUAAACGCUAAAUCAGCCUAUCGCAGGUGUUUUUUCUGGCUUCAAAUCGUACAUACAUGUAACUUAGACAUUAAUUCACAUGACGAGCCUAAAAUCAGCUAUCUAGACCGACCUAAAGCUUACAUGUCUUCUUGUUGUUAAAAUGUAAUCUGUGUUCAUUAGUCAACUGCUCAAACAUUCUGUGAUUAUUAGCUGAGCCAUAUUAUUUCACAAUAAGAAUUUGAUGCAUGUUCAGAACAGAACUAUAUUCCUCAAUCUGAUUAAAACACAGAUCCUAUUUCGUUUUGUUUUUUAUAGUUCAAGAUUUUGUUUAUAUAACCCCCGUUUUGGAUGAUGUGAGGGACUAGCCGAUGAAACUGUCUGUUACGGCGAGUUUUUGGCACUAUAAACAUCAACGCUGAUUGUUUAAUCAAAUGUCUGAUGUCAUAGGGUCUAAAACAACUUGUAUAACCUCUGAUGUGACCUCCCACUACUACUCGUCAGAUCUUCGUGUAGUAGCGGCCAUCGAAAGGAUAACAAGAAAAAAAUGAAACAAAAUAUAGAUCUGUAUUUUAAUCAGAUUGUAUUCUCCUUUAAAGCGGAAAUUUCAAAUUUUUAAGUUAUAUUUUUAAAAUUUAUUAAAAUAAAGCCUUAAAAUGGAUGGCAUCCAUAAAAAGUCCUACCUUGUUAAAGAAUAGUCCUAUUAAUCCUAUAAUUCACUAUUGCCAGCUGAGAAAUUGGCAAAAAUAUCAUUUUCAACUUCAAAUUCCAACAUUGAGGAAAUGGCUGAUUAUUGUUUUCAAUAGGAAAACAAGGGAGGUAAUUGUGUUGUUAUUUCCUGUGUAAAUGAGUUUUAAGUGUGAGAAUGACACCUAUGAGCGUAUAAUAAUGAGUUGAUAACCUAUUGAGCAAAAGACAUAGAAAUAAUUAUGUUUGGACUUUCUUAGAAAAUAUGAAAUUCUCGCUUUAACAGCAUCAACUACCACAAUAUGAUGUUGUUCAGCUAGUUUAAAGAAAAAGCCGAUCAGGCAAUAUGAGUUGGAAUAAUGCAUGGCAUAAGGUCAAAAAUAUAGUAAUAAAUUGUGUUAUUUCCCCAAUUUUUUGUCUCUAACAUGUCACUUUAAAAUCGAUAUCGAUGUUAACUUAGGACAAAAUGACUUAUACUUGUAAAACAAACAGAUCUAUGUCUUCAUUAUUUAAAGUUACAAUUUCAUAUUUUCUAAGAAAGUCAAAACAUAAUUAUUUCUGUCUUUUGCUCAAUAGGUUGUCAACUCACUAUUAUACGAUCAUAGGUUAUCUUUCUCACUCUUAAAAAUCUUCACACCGGAAAUAAUAACACAAUUACCUCCCAAUUUCCUCCCUUGUUUUUCUAUUCCCCACCAUGGAAUAGCUAUCUUCAAACGUUUGAAUUUGAAGUUGUAAAUGAUAUUUUUGCCAAUUUCUCAACUGGCAAUAGUGAAUUAUAGGAUUAAUAGGAUUAUUCUUUAACAAGGUAGGACUGUUUUAGAUACCAUCCUUUUUAGGGCUUUAUUUUAAUACAUUUUAAAAAUAUAACUUAAAAAUAUGAAAUUGUAACUUUAAUAACAUAAUGUUUUGUUAUUAAAAGUCAUAUGUUCAAAAGUGAACGUUAUUAGUUUUCUAGUGAAAUCAUAACUGUGUGAGCACUCGAAAAUAAAAAUUGCAUCUUUGUCCCUACAUAUUAAUAAACAACUUAAUUAUGGUUAUUAAAAUCUUACAUGUUUAAAAUCACCUGUGAUGAAAUAAAAUCCAUUGUACAGUUGAAUAUUCCAAUGAAAAAUUGAACCAAACCAAAUGAAUCUACAGCAGUACAGAUUAACCAUAUGCUUUUUAUUUUGUUGAAUUUCAAGCAAAUAAUAAUAUUGCCAUUUUAACCAGUAAAGUGAAGGAAUGUACAAUUUUUUAAUAAAAGGAUAUUUAUUAAUUUUA